CUGUGCUUACUGUGCCGGUCCUAUAUAAAUGGACCGCGACCGCUCAUAGAGACCCACCACUGCUCUCUCUCUCUCUCUCUUUCAACUCCUUCAAGUGUGUGUUUGUCGCAACAGCAGUUCAUCACAGCUUCUCACUGCAGCAGCAAGAAAAGGGAGCAUUAGUUAGCAGUAGUGGAACAAGUGUUGCUUGCGGUGGAAUAGCAAGCCAACAGCAAAGAGAAAAAAGGAAAAGAAUCUACCUCGGCUUUUGGUACCUCUGUGCCAAUCCUUUUCUUCCUCGUGCCUCCGACUUCCCCUUGCUGUGAUCUGUCUCUCUCCCCCUCCAUUCUGCAGUGUCCAAAGACAGGCCAGCUCGCAUUCCAGUCCCCGACUUUCUUCUGUCUGCCUUUUCUUCUGAUUAGCGCUGCGCAACUUGUCCCUGCCACUGCCUUGUCAAGGCUUGGCAUUUUCGCUUCAAUUGAGCUUCUCCUCUUCUCCUUCUCAGACUUGCGGUCGUUUAACGUCUCGUCGAAGUGGAAACGAAGCAAUGACCUGCGCAACCAGCGCAAUCGAGCAACGCUGUGCUUGAAUCUUCUCCUCCAAAAAAGCUCAACGUCAGGCCUUGCGAAAGCUCAUGGAGCUCAAGAAGCUAUGCGGAAAACCCCGCGUGAUCGUCAUUGGAGCCGGCAUUUCGGGCCUCUCAGCAGCUCGUCGCUUGUACUCUUCCCCUGCUGCUGCUCGCGACUGGCAAAUCACCGUUUUGGAAGCGAGUGACAGGAUCGGCGGCAGAAUCUUCACGUCCCAAUUCGACACUGGAGAGCAGAUUGAGAUCGGUGCUACGUGGAUUCACGGCGUCGAAGGCAGUCCCAUUUUCGACAUCGCUGAAAAGUCCAGAGCACUCCACGGGGAUGUUCCGUUUGAGUGCAUGGACGGCUUUCCGGAGCCCCCAAUUGUCAAAGCUCAGGGAGGAGUCACUGUGCACUCCACCAUUGCACACGACGUUGCCUCCCUCUACAGGCAGCUCGUCGACGAUGUGAACGACCGGAGAGGAGAGCCACCGGAAGUAACCGCGGAGACGCUCGAGCAUGGAGACUCUGGCAACCUGGGGUCGUAUCUUCGUCGUGGUUUCGAAAGUUUUCUCGCCAAACAAGCUGCUACACCUGCUGGAGUCAAUGCUGCUGAAUUGCUGCUCAAACAGGACAACCCCUCCAUCGCUUCCAGCGGCUGGAACUUGAGAGCUCUUCAAGAAGGUGUCUUCACAAUUCAGGAGAACUGGGAGCGCUGCGUCACUGCUGCCGAGUCGCUGCACGAUCUAGACCUCCUUGCGUUCAACGAGUACUGGGAGUUCCCUGGUGAGCAGAUAACCAUAGGUAAAGGAUUCUCCUCUGUUGUCCAGGCUCUCGCCAAGAGCUUGCCACCCGACACCAUCCGGUUCCACAAGAAAGUCGACAGGGUUGUCUGGACUGAUGUAGCUCGAACUUCUGCUUCCUCCGGGUAUCCUGUCCAGCUGCAUUGCGAAGACGGCUCCACCUUCGAAGCUGACCACGUUAUCGUCACGGUCUCUCUCGGCGUUCUCAAGGCAAAGGCUUUGGAAGAACAGCAGCUAUUCCAGCCUCGCCUGCCCGACUGGAAGCUGGAUUCCAUAGAGAAGCUCGGCUUCGGUGUCGUGGACAAGCUGUUCGUCCUCGUCGAACCUCCUCCAGAUGGCUCUCAACAUCCCAACUUGCAGUUCAUCCACAAGUCUCAGGCAGACGCUGACGAAGACGAGGUCCCUCGUUGGAUGCGGAAGACUCAUUCCCUGUAUCCCAUCCAUAAGAAGUCCAACGUGCUCGUUGCGUGGUUCGCUGGAGCCGAGGCAAAGGAGAUGGAGAAGCUGUCCGACGAAGAGAUUGCCCGAGGUGUCCAGAAAACUCUCGCUGCUUUCGGUGACAAGCGUCGAGUUGCAGGUCUGGGGUCACAGCGGCAGCAUUGUUGCAAUGGUGGCGACGCCAGUUCUAACGGUGGCACGCACAGCGGCAAAGUUCACGUAGCUCACGGGUGCUGGAAUCGGAAUCCUUUGUUUCUCGGCUCCUACUCCUACGUCGCAGUUGGUUCCAAUGGUGAUGAUAUCGACCACCUUGCAGCCCCGGUUCCACGUCUAAGUGACUCAGGUCCUCCAUUGCAGUUGCUCUUUGCCGGUGAGGCAACUCACAGGGAUCAGUAUUCGACGACGCAUGGUGCUUAUUUCAGCGGACAAAGGGAAGCCGAUCGCCUGAUUCAGCAUUACAAGGUCGCGAGUUAGAACCGCAAUGAGAAAGUAUUUCUAAACGGCAUGAGCGGCAGCAGUUUGAUGCGUCUUCUCUAAACAUCAAGGAGGCCUUCUAAAACCAAAAGAGGACGAUCGUAUUACCUUGUUGAUAGCGAAUUUUGGAAGGUCUGUCGCCUUCCAGCAGCUUUUUUUUUCCAUGCCUAGUAUGCCUUACGCGUGUUGAUUUGGCUAUGUAGUCGUGGUUGCACUUGCACAGAAGAAGCACUGGCAUGUCAAUCACAUAUAUAGUGAGUGCGAUAAUAUAAAACAUGGAGAAUGAGAAAGAUACCUUCGGUUGGAA